AUGUUCGGCAAUCUUGUCACAAUGACCUAUGGUAUCCCGCCCGGAUACUCGGUGGUUUCGGACGGUUACAUCGAGAUGCCGUGCGAUCAGUCACUGUGGGACGCACUCACGGAAGAUCAGUGGCACGAAGCCGCCCUACGAAGAGGCCAGAGCUCACCGCUCAAUGUCAAAGACGCGGUCUCGAUGGUGAUGAAUGGUAAUUCAACGAAGAGCGUGCCGCAAGAAUGCUGGGAGUGGUCUCCAUUUGCGAUCAGUGUUGUAAUCAACGUGAUAUCCAUCCACAUCUGGCACAUCACACAGGGCUCGUAUUUCUUCGGCGGGUUCUUGAGCCCAGGACAGGUGGACGACACUCAAAAGCCACAAACCCUUGCACAAACCGAAGCCGCACUUUCGAGAUGUCGUGCCCUGAUCACGCAAGCCAGCUCUGACGCAGACUAUCCAUGGACAGAGGCAGAGACACCGCUGCUGUUCAACUGCCUAGCCCUUUUGCGUGUCAGCUAUUGUCGGGCAUUUACAGGGCACAGCGCGGCAGAUUCGAUGAUGCUACUGAAGGAAAGCCAGGAAGAAUUUACUGCUUCCAUCGAAGAUUUCGUUGCGAUGCCGCAGAAUCGGGGCAGCCUGGUCGCCAGAGCUGUGAGUCGGGCAUUCGAAGGCAUGCUGAUACCUUACAAAGCGGGAACAAUGCUCAUCAAGAAGACGGCUGCCCUUACUUGGGCGGUCGGUCAUGCUUUGGCAGGAUGGGAAGUUGCACUACUGGUCACGAAAUGGGUACACGCCAUCGAAGUCGAGACGAGGACGGGCAAAGGUGGUCCAAUCAGCGAGCUCGAGGCGCAGACCAUGCAGGCGGUAAAGAAUCUUCUUUCAGAGGUCGAGGACGGAUUUGGCACUGAGAUGGAGUCUUCAUUAGCCUCCAAGCUGGCGCGAUAUUGGGCGGGAUUUUAUGACGAUACCUGGGUCUGGGGUGUUACUCCACGCAUGGCGAAUAUCCUGCGGGAGCUGGCGAUGUGCUAUGAAAGCAAGCUGGCAGCUUUAUGA